UAACCUUAUUAACAUCAAUAGAUCACCUUUAACUUUACAAUCAUUUACAAUUAACAUCAACAUAAUCAACUGAUUGAACCGGACAAUUUAAUCAUCUGAUAUCGUGAUUAUCAACAAUAGUUUAUUGAAUUGUUGAUUGUAUCAUUAUUUUCACCAGACAACAACAGUUUAAUUCAUUGUUGUUGUUAUUAAAUCUCAUUUUAAACAGUUAAUUCAGUUCAUCUUUUUGUCUUCUCGAUUGAUUUUUUUUUGUUUCUUUCUUCAUGUUAGUAAAUUACCUUUGAUUGUAAGCCUGAAUUCACCGAUGGCCUUUGGUUAUAUUGGUCACAUCUUGUGGCGAGAUCGUAAUGAAACCUUUCACCCUGAAGAUCCAGUGGUCAUUGAUUCUGGACUUUCACCCGAAGUUAAGUUCACCUUUAUUGAUGUGAUUCCAGGAGUUUUGAAAAAACCACCGACGGGUUUUCCCGCUAAAAGGGAAUCAAUUGCUUACCAUAGUUUCAGUGCCCUAAUAGGAGCCAGUAAUGAUUGGCUUGCCAAAAAUACUGAUUGGGAAGUAAUUAAUUGUGAAACUGUUUUAUUGUUUUUCAAAUUUGAAGACAAUGGUUGGCAAUUAGCACCUCAAGAUACCUGUUUCCACCUUGAUGGUGAUGCCCACAGCUCAUUAAUGGCCUUAAGACUUUGGUUGAAACGAAGAGAGAUCGAUUUAUCUUCCAACGAUACCAAUAGAUCUAACGGAAUUGAAGUAGUCCCGGAAAUCGAGGCCACUAAUGGAACAAAUAACAAGAAUGGUACCGAUGAGAAAUCGAUGAUUCCUCAGAUUUUGAGCUAUGUUGACUUUAGGCCGGAAAAAGAUGAGGCCGAUGAGUCGACUCGCUUCGAACGGCUGGAAACUGUCAUUGAACGUGCCAACAGUGCAAUUCGGGCCGGGGAAGUGAAAGGAAGCUCAAUAACCAUUGAGACACUUUAUUUUCCGGCCAAUUCUGAUUGGGAGAUCGAUACUGAGGAAACUCUUCAUGUUUUCCCAGGUAAAUGUGUCUCUAUCCUUCGACUUUUUUACUUUACUGGACCUGAGGCGAUGCAAGAGGAGGUCGCGAUUCGUGACUUUACACCUAAACUACUCUCCGGUGGUGGACUAUUUAAGAAACCCUCUUUCGAAAACCUAUCGGGAAUAAUGUCACGAGCAUCUGAUUGGUUGGCCAUUAACGGGGAAGAUAUUGAUUUCAAGAAUGCUCAAUGUCUUGAGAUAAAGGUUAAACAUUUUAAACACGUUGACACCAAUACAAUGUCCCACUCUUCCGAUCGUGGUGAUUACUUAAGGAUAUUCAGAGUGGCCUACACCAAGAAACCAUCGACUAAACUUAAAGAUGAAGGUGGGGGUGGCCUUAAACCCGACGAUGAAAGUUGCUAUUCUCGUCAAUCUAUUUUCCUUUCCUCAGUUAUAUUCACUCCAGCUGAUCAGGAAACAUCAUUAACACAAAUCAAACAUAAACUUCACGAUUGGGUUGAUAAAGCAAUUAAAGAUUUACGAUUUGGUGACAAUAAUCCCGGAGUCCAAAAGCCGCGCUUGCUAAGCGCUGAAACGGUUGAAAUAUUUUGUCGACAGUUUUCAGAGGAAGAUAUUAAAGCGGAAACGGAAAAUACUUUCCAAUAUAAUCGCAUUGGAACAAUUAAUUGUUUCCUUUUUAUGGCUUUUCGGGUUUACUUUGACGUUGGACAAGUUGGACGGACCUUCAGGUCUCGAUCCGUCGCCUCGACCACUUCGCGUCCGAAAAACGAUUCAUGCAAAAUGAUGUAAUCAAUUUAAUCAUCUUCACUCAUAAACAAUUAUCAAUCUUUAUUCAUUAUCAUAAAUUAACCAAUUCAAAUUUUCAUCGCUCUAAAUUGCUAUCAUUAUACAUUAUCAACUAAUCAUAUUAGUUGAAAUGCUAAUCAAUCAAUUGUGCUCAUUUGCAAGCUUAUUAUCAAAUCAUUGUUAAUCAAAUCAUUUGCAAAUAUUAAAAUCAUGUCAACAAUUAA